CUCUUCCCAAAUCCCAAAUCGGUGCAAAAAUCAGGAGCGCGACCCACCCCAGAGGAAAAAGUGGUUUAGGGUGGGGAAGAGGAAAGAGGAGAGGCGAGGACAGGAAAGGGGAGGGUGGCUUCUCAUUAACCCUCUCUCAGAAAGAAGAGAUUCAGAGAUAGACCUCUCUCUCUCUCUCUCUCUCUCUCUGUGUUUGCAGUAGUAUUAGCAGGUGAAAAGAGGCCUGGGGUUGUGGAUUUGCUUCAAAGCCGUCUCCUUUUUUGCAUUUCGAGCUUGUUCUGCAGGGUAUUAAGGUUUUUCUGUUGAAAGCAACAUGGCAUCAAAGCGUAUCCUGAAGGAACUGAAGGAUUUGCAGAAGGAUCCUCCGACUUCUUGCAGUGCAGGCCCUGUAGCUGAAGACAUGUUCCAUUGGCAAGCAACUAUAAUGGGACCUCCUGAUAGCCCAUAUGCUGGAGGUGUAUUUUUGGUUACUAUUCACUUCCCUCCUGAUUAUCCUUUUAAGCCCCCAAAGGUUGCAUUUAAGACUAAGGUCUUCCACCCGAACAUCAAUAGCAAUGGAAGCAUCUGUCUGGAUAUUCUUAAAGAGCAGUGGAGCCCUGCACUUACCAUCUCUAAGGUCUUGCUCUCUAUUUGCUCGUUGCUGACUGAUCCAAAUCCCGAUGAUCCCCUUGUACCAGAGAUUGCCCACAUGUACAAGACUGACCGAGCCAAGUAUGAGACCACUGCCCGCAGCUGGACACAGAAGUAUGCCAUGGGAUGACAAUCAAAUAUCCCUCUCAAAUAGUCUGGGUUUCUUGAAACAUGUAUAAACCUGUUACUCCCAGUGAAGCAAAAAACCAGUUCGAUUAGAUGGAUUGUUUGCUCUUUGCUCGGUGUCAUUUUAUUUUUGAGUACUAAAAAGUAGGGGGAAUGGAAAGGAUAAAGUAGGACUGUUUUGGUAACGUUUGUGUGUAACAUGUUUCUUUGCCUGAAGCUUGAAUCUUGUGUGGGGUAAAAUUAGAAUUACUCAUGCUUGGAAGUUGUUUUUGAUCUAUUUUACUAGAAUUAAAUUAUGGUAA